UGAUGAGAGACGGCGUGCAGCCGUAGAUCCAGGCCAGGGAAGCCAGUCGCUAGAGCCUCGCGGGACGAGCCGAUCGCGGUCGCAAUAAUCGCGGCCUCGACGAUAAAGAAGACGGUCGGAGCCUUUAGUGGUCGGAGGCCCUCCCGACGAUGGGGGUGGCGGACGACUUCGCGCCGAGCUUCACGCAGAAGCCGCAGCUGCGCCAGGAGGACGAGGGCAACCGGCUGAUCUUCGAGUGCCAGCUGGUGUCGUCGCCCAAGCCCGAGAUCACCUGGUUUCGCGGCGAGACGCAGCUGGCCGAGGACGAGCGCACCAACUUUAAGAUACAGAGCAUCGCCGCCAACAAGUUCCUCGUGGUGCUCGAGCUCGACGAUGUCAUCGAGACCGACGCCGGCCUCUACAAGGUCAAGGCUAAGAACAAGAUGGGCGAGGUCGCCGCGUCGAUCAACCUCAACUUCAGCCCUGUGGAUGAGCCUAGAGAGAAACAAAUCGACGGCAUCGCACCGACUUUUGCGAAGAAGCCAUCGAUCAGGCAGGAGGACGACGGCAAGCGGCUGGUGUUCGAGUGCCGCAUAACCGCCGAUCCGAUGCCCAAGGUAUCAUGGUUUCACGACGGCGAUCUGGUGGCAGACUCCGGCAGACACAAGCUGAAAAUCGACAAAGACGGCCACUCGUACUUCGCCAGCUUGGAGAUCCAGAACGUGACGGUCGAGGAUGCAGGCAAAUACAAGGUCACGGCGAAGAACGAGCUCGGCGAGUCCAACGCCACGAUAUCCUUAAAUUUCGACAGCGACGAAGCCCCGGUGCCCGACGACGGCAUCAAGCCGACAUUCACGGAGCGACCAGUCAUCAGGCAAUCGGACGACGGCAACACUAUUACCUUCGAGUGCCGACUCGUCGGCGAUCCUAAACCCAGUGUCAAGUGGUAUCACGGCGCUGAGGAAUUGAACGAGAGCGGAAAGUAUCAGAUGUCAAUGGAGCUCGAUCAGAAGCUCUACUAUUUGGUGCGACUUCAAAUAGCCAAGGUGGCGAAGAUCGACAGUGGAGAAUACAAGGCUAUCGCGCGUAAUAAACACGGUCAAGGCGUUGCCACGAUCAACCUUAACUUCGAGGGUGGCGAUAGGCUUAAAAUACCCGACGGCAAACCACCACGUUUCCCGAAGAAACCAACGAUACGCCAGGAAGGCGACGUGCUGAUAAUGGAGUGCAUCUUGGAGGCGAAUCCAGUGCCCGACAUCACCUGGUACCAGGGCGCCAAGGCCAUUAACGACAGCUCGCGCAUCAAAAUGUCGCGCAAAUCCACCGGCAAGGAUACUUACCUGCUCACUCUAGAGAUCAUGAAUCCGAGCAAGGCCGACGGCGGCCACUACAGAUGCAAUGCAUUUAACACCUUCGGCGAGAGUAACGCCAACAUCUCGCUUAACUUCCAAGAGGACCCGGCGGGCUUCGCGCCCUCGUUCAUCGAGAAGCCCCGCAUCAUACCCAACGAGAGCGGCACGCUCAUCACCAUGAAGUGCAAGUGCCGCGCCAAGCCCAAGCCGGAGAUCAGCUGGUUCCGCGGCAGCAAUGCCAUCGGCGAGUCGGCCAAGAUCAGCCUCAAGUGCGUUGACGUGCAGGAGGACAUUUACGAGCUAAGCUUGGAACUCAAGGAUCCAUCGGGUCCGGACGGCGGCGCGUACCGCUGCCACGUGAAGAACGAGUUCGGCGAAAGCAACGCCAACUUGAACUUGAACAUCGAAGCCGAGCCCGAGCAAGAGGGCGACGGGCCGACGUUCGUGGAGAAGCCGCGCAUUCAGUCUCACGACAACGGCAAAGUGGUCGUCAUGGACUGCAAGGUCAAAGCCAAGCCCAAGCCCAACAUCGUUUGGAUGCACGCUGGUCAAAUCGUCAAGGAAUCGUCCAAAAUCUCGCUCAGCGUUGUCGAGGAAGCCAACGAUGUCUAUUACAUAAAGCUCGUACUCAAUGAUCCCGGCGCGGAUGAUUCUGGAUUGUACAAGUGCAAUAUCAAGAAUAAUCUCGGCGAGCUCAACGCCAAUCUCACGCUCAAUGUGGAGAUUAUCCCCGUGAUCAAAGAGAAGCCAAAGGUCAUCAAGAUCGUGAAGAAGAAGACGGUGAUGAUCGAGUGCACUGUGCUGUCCAAAUUCGCUCCGGACUGCACCUGGUUCAAGGAGACUCGAGCUGUCGCCGAGGACGAGCGUCACAAGCUCCACGUGGAGAAGAUCAAGGAAGGCGAGUUCGCCGUUAAGCUGGAGAUCGAGCAGAUAUCGAAGGCUGACAGAGGCAAAUACAAGCUGGUGGCGAGGAACGAGAAGGGCGAGGCUACCUCGCAGGUCGUGGAAAUUCAGGAACUGCCCGAGGAACCCGAUCCACCGAGACUCGCUUCGGGACUCAAAUCUAUUACUGUCGAAGAAGGAAAAACCGCCGAAUUCUACGCGGUCCUGGUCAAGUCUGACACGAAGGUCACGGUCACGUGGUACAAGGACACGACGGUCAUCAAGUCGUCGGAAACUUACAGCACCAGUUUCGACGGCAAGGAGGCUAGGUUACUCAUCAGUAAGACUACUCAGGAAUCGUCUGGUAGUUACAAGAUCGUUGUUACCACUGAGCAUGGAAAGGACGAGUCUUCCGCUGUAUUGACUGUUGAGAAGAAAGAGAAAAAGAAGAAGAAGGACGAGGAGGAAAAAGAAGAAGAAAAGGUAGAAAAAAAGAAGAAGGAAGAAGAAAAGAUAGAGAAGAAGAAAAAGGAAGAAGAAAAGAAAAAGAAAGAGGAAGAAGUCGUGAAGAAGAAAACGGAAGAGCAGAAAACGAUCGAGGAAGAGAAAAUCAAAGUCGAGAAGAAAAAGGAGGAGGAGAAAAUUAUCGAACAAAAAAAAAUCGAGGAACGUAAGAAGAUCGAAGAAGAGAAGAAGAUCAAGGAGGAAUCCAAACCGAACGGUAUCGACAAGCCUCCUUCCAAAAAGAACAAGGACAAGGAAGAUAUCAUCAACAAUGUCGAAGAAGUUCAAGAGAAGAGAAAGUCCAUCAAAAAGAAGGAACCAGCCUCGCCACGAGAUUCGACCCCCGAGAAAAAAGUCGCGAGUCGCAAACAAUCUGUCAGCCGCGUGGAAGAACUCAAGUCAGAAAGCAGACGAAGCUCUGUGAGCAGGACCGAAGAAGCGAUACACGAGGACGGUGCUGUCACUCCUCAGAGACGAGUUUCUAUCCAAUCAUCGAUGUCCGAAGAAGAGAGUGUGACAGAGAGCAGGAGAUCGUCUAUAACCAGUCAGAAGGAGGAAAUUAUUUCGAGAAAAUCAUCGAGAUUGUCCGUCAAAGACACUGAAAAGGACUCGAUUUCGGCAGAUAGGCGUGAUUCCGUGAAAAGGAGCCCCGUUAAGCGAGAUUCUAUUAUCAAAAAAGAGGAGAAACAGGUUCCCGAAGACGAGUCUGACACUGAAACAAUCACCACCAGUAGGCGAUCAUCUAAAUCAGAGUCUAUCAGACAUGACUCUGUUAAAACAGACAAGAAAACUACUGUUGAAGACAAAAAUGGCACAGAUACACACGACUCUGUCAAACGAAGUUCCGUCAAAAGAGACUCGGUUAAACGAGACUCUAUUAAAACAGACGAGUUCCUACAAUUACAGAAACAUAUUACCCCAGAUGAGAAAGACGAACCAGUUAAGAAAAGUUCCGUUAAAAGGGAUUCGAUUAGUAAGAAAGAUGAGAAAAUUAUCCCUGAAGACAAAGCAGAACCCACUAAAAAGAGUCCUGUUAAAAAAGAACCGGUCACCAAAAAAGACGAGAAACUUACUCUUGAAACCAAGGACGAACCGGUUAGGAAAGGCUCUCUUAAAAAAGAUACGAUUACUAAAAAAGAUGAGAAAAUUAUUGUUGAAGAAAAAGAUGAGCAUCUUCAAAAAGAUUCGAUUAAGAGAGAUUCUAUUAAGAGGGACUCAAUAAAAAAAGAUGAAUCUAAGACUACCGCGAAAGAUAAACCAGUCAUCAAACCAGUCCAAGAUAAACCAGAGGAAAAACUAUCCAUCACACCAAAAUCACCUGGCAAACCAAACGAUUCUAAGCUGAAGCCCCAAGAAUCUGACAGCAGGCGAUCGAGUCUGAAAGUCAAGACUAACGACGAGAGGAAGGCAUCCAUAGAUAAAGUGGAGCUCAAGCCCACGGAUAGCCCUCGAUCCAGCUUGAAAUGGCGUAGACCAGAGAAAUUGGAGGCGAAAGUUGUCGAGAAUUUCGCAGACCUUAAGAACCUACUCAAACCCGUCCAAAAAGCUGGAAAAGAGCCCCAGACAGCCGAGAACGGCAUCUUGGGCAGUGUCGAGUUAAAGAAAACGGAUAAGCCGGAGAAGAUGGACGCGAAGAAGAUGAAGGCGAAGAAGGCCGACAAGGAGAAGAGCUACGACUUGCCGGAGAUCCCCGAUUACGAGCGCCCGGUGCUGGAGAAGUUCGAGAAGCCGGAAUUCAGCGAGUACCAGCCGCGCGACAAGACCAAGCUCGACCGGCCGCAGUCUCAGAAAUUCGAAUCCAAGCCGAAGGUACCGGAAAUCAAGGCACCCGAGCCCUACCAGAAGGCGGACAAAGCCGAGGCGCCCAAGAUCGAGGUCAGCAAGGACGUAUCGCCGUUUGGGAGCAGACGCAGCUCGAUCGUGCCUGGAAGUGGACCUGGCAGCCGACGUGGUUCGCUCAUACCGCCCGAGGAGCCUGGACGAAGGCCUAGCCUUAUUAUCAGCGACGAGGAACAUAGAAAGCUGCGCCCCGGCGAGGUGAUUGACGACAGGAAGAGAUACGGGAGACCCGGCCAACUCGAGGACGACAAGAGACGGCGUCCGAGUACGGACGCGCGAAGACAAAGCGUGGCGGAUCUCGAAAACCUCGCCGCUCAACCCAGCACUGCACUCAGAGAUGUCGGCGAUCCAGGACCUCCACUCUGCGAUAUGGCGCCGAAAGUAUCCUUCGUACAAGGUACAACAGUCGUGCUGCAAGCUUGGGUGGAAGGUACACCUGCGCCCACCUUCAAGUGGUACAAGGGUAUGAGCGAGCUCUUCGAGAGUAACAGGCACAAGUUCACCACCGAUGGAGCCUCCAAUUCCGUCCUUUUGACAAUACUGAAAGCUAAGCCAGAUGAUGAGGAAACGUACAAGAUCGUCGUCACCAAUGAGCAUGGCUCGGAUGAGACCCAAACGAGACUUUUCGUCACUCCUCCAGGCGUGACGGACUUCCGUGUUCAAUUGCAAACUCGCCAAUAUGUGCCAUGGGGCAAAAAACAGUCGAAACUAACGGAAGUCAAGCUCAAGGAAGCAGAAAAGCCAAAGCCAGCGCUCAAGAAAGUCGAAAGGAAACCAGAGUCGUUCUUGAAACCUAUGAUCGAUCAGUAUGCAAAGGAAGGCAAAGACAAAAAAGUUGUAUUCCAAUGCAACUUUUCGAAACCAAAGUGCAAGCCAAGGUGGUAUUUCAGGAAAGAUGAACUCUUCUCAACGAAAAAAUAUGAAUUUAAAAACGAGGAAGAUUCUUACGAACUCAUCAUUUACAACCCAAAGGUGGAAGAUACGGGCAAAUAUACGAUCGAUAUAAAUGGAAUCUCUUGCACAGCUUUCCUCACUGUCGAUGAACCCGAUCCGGUAUAUCACUUUAUCAAACCGCUUAACCAACAAACAAGUGGCUUUGACAGGCAUGAGGUCGUAUUGGAGUGUGUGGUCAAUAAUAGUCUGGCAGUAGUUACUUGGUAUAGAGGACCGAAACAAAAAUUAGAGGAUGGUGAUUACUACCAAAUUUCAAAAGAUAUGUCUGGUACCUGUCGACUAACUAUUAGAAAAGCGAAAAUUGCGGAUAGUGGCGAAUAUUAUUGUCAAAUUAAAAAACAACCCGACAAAACCGAAACUACCCUUUCAAUUAUAGAAUAUCCAUACAAAUUCGUCAAAGUACUAAAACAUACAACUGCUACGGAGAAGGAAACAAUAACUUUAUCUUGCGAGCUUGACGAUGAAGAAGGUGAUGUCAAAUGGUUCAAAGGGGAUCAAGAAAUCAUUCCUGACAAACGAGUUCAAAUCAAAGUUGACGGUCGUAAGAGGAAACUCAUUAUUAAAGAUGCCAAAGUUACCGAUGCUGGCAUGUAUUCUUGUGUCAGUAACGCUGACAAAACCGAAGCUGAACUCAUUGUCAAUUAUGCCAACCGUUUCAAUAAGAAACUAAAGGACACUGUUGCAAUCGAACGUGAAAAAGUUGUACUUGAAGUAGAGCUGCAAGACACAACAGCUCCAGCUAACUGGUUCUUUAAUGGUAAACCUAUUGAGCCAAGCGAACGUGUUGAGAUCAAGAAUCUUGGUGGUGGCAAACAUCAAUUGGUAUUUAAUCGUGCUGAAAUGACCGAUGACGGCGAAAUCACUUGCGAGAGUGGUGAACUGAAGAGCUCUUGUAUGCUUUCGGUGAAGAAGGGUGAAAGCAAACCGAUCGCUGAAAUUCCUGAUACUAUUGAAGGACCAUGCAGUGCACCUAUUGUUUUCACUAUUCCUUACAAGAUCGAAGGAACAAAACAAUCGCAAGUAGAAGCUAAGCUUUUGAAAGAUGGAAAGCCAUUACCAUUAAAGGAUGUUGAAAUUGUCGUCGGUGAAGACAAAAUAACUUACAAAAUUAAGAAACCAUCACACGAUCAAAGUGGCACUUAUCAAAUAAAAAUUAGCAAUGCACAAGGAGAUGAGGUUAAAGACGUCUUUGUCAACAUGCAAGACGUUCCGUCGCCUCCACUCGAUGUUGAGGUCACUGACGUGUUUGCAACAAGUUGCAUUGUCAAAUUCAAGCCCAGCAAAGAUGAUGGUGGCUCACCUAUUCUUAAGUACGUUGUUGAACGUCUUGAUAUGAGCUUGAAGGCACAAUGGGAUAGUGUGGGUGAGGUAAUGCCUGGUGAAAAGACAGUCUAUAAAGUGGAGGAUCUUGUUACGAAGAAACAGUACAAAUUCCGUAUUCGUGCUGUCAACAAAAUAGGAUCGAGCGAACCGGCAAUGUUUGCUAAUCCAGUUUUAGCUAAGGAUCCUUGGGACGAGCCGGGAAAACCAGGAAAUUUAGAAGUUGUCGAUUGGGAUGUCGACCAUGCCGAUCUUACAUGGACAAAGCCUGAAAGCGAUGGCGGUGCACCAAUCACGGGUUACAUCAUUGAAUACAAAGAAAAGUUUGGUAAAGAAUGGGUUAAAGGCAAGGAGAUUGAAGGUGAUGUCACUAAAGGAACAAUCGAUGGCCUGAAAGAAGGCCAGCAGUACGAAUUCCGAAUUCGGGCUGUCAACAAGGCUGGUCCUGGUGAGCCAUCCGAUGCUACAAAGCCAAUUAUUGCUAAGAGUCGAUUUGUUAAGCCUUUCAUUAUCGGGGAUGGAUUGAAAAACUUGGUUAUUAAAAAGGGACAAGUUAUAAAGUACGAUAUCAAGUACGGUGGUGAACCAGAGCCUGAAGUCAAAUGGUUCUUGGGAGAAAAAGAAUUGGUUCAAGAUUCUGCUGAGAGAUUAACGAUCGAUAGAUACGAAAGAAAUACAGUAUUAACAGUAAGAAAAACUACAAGACCAGAUUCCGGAAAAUAUAAAUUGGUUCUGACAAACAGCUCGGGAACAAUUGAAAGUGUAGCUGAUGUUGUCGUUCUUGAUAAACCAUCUAAACCAAUAGGUCCGCUAGAAACAGUAGAAGUUCGAUCAGAUCAUAUCACUGUUAAAUGGAAGAAACCAAAGGAUGAUGGUGGUACCGAUAUUACUGGAUAUACACUUGAGAAGAUGGAUAUGGAUACUGGCAGAUGGAUACCUGCUGGUGAAGUUGGUCCAGGUGAACCACAUGAAUUCAAGUUUACAGGAUUGACGCCUAAGAAGAAAUACAAGUUCCGUGUCAAGGCACAAAAUAAGGAGGGUGAAUCUGAACCUCUUGAGACUGAUGAGGCUAUUUUGGCUAAAAAUCCUUAUGACGAGCCUGGCAAACCAGGAAAACCAGAGAUUAUCGAUUAUGACAACAUGAGCGUCAGUCUGAAGUGGGCUAAACCUGACAACGAUGGUGGUCGUCCAAUCACUCACUACACUGUUGAAAUGAAAGAUAAAUUCUCAGCAGAUUGGGUUGAAGUGGCUAAAACAGAUGAUGACAGGGCGGAAUGCAAAGUCGAAGGUCUCAAAGAAAAAAUGGUAUAUCAAUUCAGAGUCAGAGCACAUAAUAAGGCUGGUCCAGGUCAACCUAGUGAACCUACUGAUAAUCAUCUCUGCAAACACAAGAAUCUCAAACCAAGAAUCGAUCGUGAGACAUUUAAAUCGAUCACGAUCAAGGCAGGCAGAACGCACAAAUGGUCGGUUGAUGUUAUUGGAGAGCCACCUCCCGAAUGUAAAUGGGUUUGGAGAGAUAAUUUACCGCUUCAAAAUUCCGAGCGUAUUAAAAUUGAAAACGUUGAAUAUCAUACCGAAUUUACUUUGAUUAAUGCUAUAAGAAAAGAUACAGGAAAAUACACACUUAUUGCGGAAAACGCUAGUGGCAGAGAUAGCGAAACUGUUGAAUUAAUCGUACUUGGCAAACCCGAAGCACCAAAGGGACCACUAGUAGUAUCAGAUGUCACUAAAACAAGUGCUAAAGUCAAGUGGGAGAAGCCAGAAGACGACGGCGGCUGCCCGAUCAAAGAGUACGAAAUCGAAAAGAUGGAUACAAAGACUGGCAAGUGGGUACGUGUUGGCAAGGUACCAGCAGACGGAAAGUGCGAGUUCGAUGUCCCAGGAUUGAAUCCUGGUAGUGAAUACAAAUUCAGAGUUACGGCUAUUAACGACGAAGGCGAUUCUGAACCGCUUGAAAGUGAACGGGGAGUAAUUGCUAAAAAUCCAUUUGACGAACCCCUUAAACCUGGUACUCCAGAGAUUACUGAUUACGAUAAUGAAUCUGUUAGCAUCAAAUGGACUCCUCCAGAAUAUGAUGGAGGUGCUCCAAUUGAGAAGUACAUCAUUGAAAAAAAAGACAAAUUAAAGCCCGAAUGGGAGAAGGCUAUUGAAGUUCCUGGAAACGUUUUGGAAGCUAAAGUUCCUGGCUUAAAGGAAAAAGGAGAAUAUCAGUUCAGAGUUAUUGCUGUUAAUAAGGCUGGUCCUUCACCUCCAUCAGAUGCAUCAAAGAUGCAAAUUUGCAAACACAAAUCUCUUAAACCAAGAAUUGACAGAACUAAUCUCAAACCAAUCAUUGUCAGAGCUGGUAAACCCAUAAAAUAUGAUGUUGAUGUGCGAGGUGAACCACCUCCAGAAACUACAUGGUACCACAAAGGUACUGAGGUUAAAUCAGGAGGUAACAUUGAAAUCGUCAACGUUGAAUACAACACAAAGAUUAGCAUCGUUGAUAGCACAAGAGCCAAUACUGGUGUUUGGAAAAUUAAGGCUGUGAAUGCUCACGGAGAAGACGAAGCUGAGGUAGAAGUUACUGUUUUAUCGGCACCGUCGAAACCUAAAGGACCAUUAAAAGUUUCCGAUGUUACUAAGAGUGGUUGUAAAUUGAAAUGGGAGAAGCCCGAGGAUGAUGGUGGCAAACCAAUCACUGGCUACCAAGUCGAGAAAUUAGAUAAAUCUACCGGUCGUUGGGUACCGGUAGGACGUACCAAUGAUACAGAAAUGGAUGUCAAAGGAUUGCAAGAAGGUCACGAUUACGAAUUUAGAGUUAAGGCUAUUAAUGAAGAAGGAGAAUCUGAGCCUCUUGUUACUGACAGAUCCAUCACUGCUAAAAAUCCAUUCGAUCUUCCCGGCAAACCAGGGAUACCUGACUUCGAAGAUUGGGAUGUUGAUCGGGUUGACCUUAAAUGGGAAGCACCAAAAGACGAUGGUGGUGCUCCUAUUACUGGAUAUAUAAUCGAAAAGAAAGAAAAGCUCACGAGUCACUGGGAAGAAGCAGUUACGACGACAGGUUCUCAACCAAGAGGUCGCGUUACUGGUCUCAAGAAAGGUUCUACUUAUCAAUUUAGAGUUCGAGCUGUUAAUAAGGCUGGUCCUGGUGAACCUGGAGAGCCAACAAAACCACAUGUAGCUAAAGCACGAUUCCUUAAGCCACACAUCAAUCGUGAGAAGCUAAAGACUGUAAAAGUAAGAGCAGGUCAACUAGUGAAAUUAGAUGUAGAUGUUGAAGGUGAACCUCCUCCAACCAUUACCUGGAGCAAAGGUAUUAAGCCACUCACUACGAGUACUAACGUUAAAAUCGACAAUGAAGAUUACAACACCAAAGUUCAAUUGUCGAACACUACUCGUGAAGAUACUGGCAAAUACACAAUUAAGGCUGUGAAUGAUUCAGGAUCUGAUGAAGCUGAGGUAGAAAUAAUUAUACUUGAUAAGCCAGGUAAACCUGAAGGUCCUCUUGAAGUUACCGAUGUUCAUAAAGAAGGAUGCAAACUUAAAUGGAAGAAACCUAAAGAUGAUGGUGGCCUUCCUUUAUCAAGUUACAUAAUUGAAAAAAUGGAUGUUACCAGUGGACGAUGGGUACCUGCUGGAAUUGCUGACCCCGAGAAAACAGAACAAACUAUUGUUGGUCUUGAACCAGGAAAAAAAUAUGAGUUCCGUGUAAAGGCUGUCAAUGAAGAAGGAGAAUCAGAGCCAUUGCAAACCGAUACGGCUAUUCUUGCUAAGAAUCCAUAUGAUACACCUGCGGCGCCUGGACUACCAGAAAUUGUCGACUGGUCUGAAAAUAUGGUCAAACUUAAGUGGGAGCCACCGAUCAGAGAUGGUGGCGCUCCAAUUACUGGUUACAUUAUUGAGAUGAAAGAUAAAUUUGGAACCAGCUUUGUUAAAGCUGCUGAAGUUGAAGGUCCGGUUUGCACUGGAGUAGUACCUAAAUUGGAAGAAGGUAAUCAGUAUCAAUUUAGAGUAAGAGCAGUCAAUAAAGCAGGUCCUGGUGAACCUAGCGAAGCUACCAACCCACAUACUGCCAAAGCUCGUUGGCUUAAGCCGUACAUCGAUAGAACGAAUUUGCAACAAUCUACCAUAAAAGUUGGCCUCACGCUAUCGCUGGAUGUCAACAUUAUUGGUGAACCAGCUCCUACAGUCACAUGGUCCUUCAAAGGAAAAGAACUAUCAACCGAUAAUGAAAUACGAAUUGACAAUGUUGACUAUAACACUAAAUUCUUAAUUUUGAAAUGUAAAAGAGCACAUACAGGCAGAUACACAAUUAAGGCUAAAAAUGAAGUAGGUGAAGAUAUUGCAGAAUUCGAUCUUUUAGUAUUAGGUAAACCAAGCAAGCCUAACGGACCUCUUGAGGUAACCGAUGUUAACAAGCAUGGUUGUAAACUCAAGUGGAAGAAACCUGAUGAUGAUGGAGGCGCUCCAGUUGAAUACUAUGAAAUUGAAAAACUGGACCCUCUAUCGGGACAGUGGGUUCCUUGUGGAAGAUCGACGGAACCAGAAGCAAAUAUUACUGGUUUGUUAGAAGGUAAACCUUAUAAAUUCAGAGUUAAAGCUGUUAACAAGGAAGGCGACUCCGAGGAACUAGAAGCCGAUAAGUCUAUCAUUGCUAAAAAUCCAUUCGAUGAGCCAGGAAAACCAAGUCGUCCCCAACUUACAGACUGGGACAAAGACUUUGUAGACCUUACAUGGAAUCCACCUACAGAUGAUGGCGGUGCUCCUAUUGAGCAAUACAUUGUACAAAUGCGCGAUAAAGAAAGUAGACAAUGGGUUGAUGCAGCUAAAGUACCAGGAAGUCAAACUAACGCUAAAGUUACUAAUGGUAUAGAGGAAGGACAUGAAUACGAAUUUAGAAUUGUUGCUGUAAAUAAGGCUGGACCAGGAGAACCGAGCGAUGUAUCAAAGAGUGUUGUAGCAAAACCACGUAACCUUGCUCCACGCAUCGAUCGCACUAAUUUACAGAAAAAGACUAUGCGCGUUGGUCAAAUAUUGCGAAUGGAGGCUAAAAUCACUGGUGAGCCAGCACCAACAGUGGUUUGGAAGCUCAAGGGAGUUAUUUUAAAGACACAAGAUCGUCUAAAGAUCGAAAAUGAAGAUUAUCAUACAAGUUUCACUUUAACUAAACUAGAACGUGCCGACAGUGGCACUUACACUGUAAUAGCCACUAAUGAUAGUGGUACAGAUGAAGUCGAAAUUGAACUUUCUGUUGUCGGUAAGCCAGCUAAACCAAAGGGUCCACUGCAGGUAUCUGAUGUAACAUCUGAAGGUUGCAAACUCAAAUGGGACAAACCCGACGAUGAUGGUGGUGAACCAAUUGAUCAUUACGUCAUUGAACGUAUGGAUGUUGAUAUGGGACGAUGGGUUCCAUGUGGCGUAAGUAAAGUGCCAGAGGCUGAUGUAGCUGGAUUAAAUGAAGGAAAAGACUAUCAAUUCAGAGUAAAAGCCGUUAAUAGCGAAGGAGAAUCUGAACCUCUUGAAACAACCAUACCAACAACUGCCAAAAAUCCUUACACUGAGCCUGAUGCUCCAGGUAAGCCUGAAAUCAAGGAUUGGGAUAAGAAUCAUGCUAAACUUAAAUGGACUGCGCCUAAGAAUGACGGAGGAGCGCCAAUUGAAAAAUACAUUAUUGAAAAGAAAGAUCAAUAUGGCAAAUGGCAGAAGGCUGGUGAAUCUCCAGGCUUGAGGACUGAGGCAAGAAUUGGUGAUUUAGUAGAAGGACAAAAGUAUCAGUUCCGUAUUAAAGCGGUCAAUAAAGGUGGUCCUAGUAAACCUAGUGAACCUAGUGAUACCAUGGUCGCCAAAGACAGAUAUGCUGCACCCAAAAUCGAUCGCAGUAAUCUUAAAGAUAUUACAGUCAAAGCUGGUAAUCAUAUACGAUUGGAUGUUAAGGUUUCUGGUGAACCUCCUCCAACGAAAACAUGGUCACUCAACAAAAAGAAACAAGAAAGUAACCAGAAUGGUGUUAUUAUCGAAGAAGAAGAUUACAGAACCAAAUUCUCUAUUGGCUUUGCAACUAGAGCUCAUACCGGCGUUUUGCAACUUAAAGCAGAAAAUGAAUCUGGCACUGACGAUGCUACAAUUACAAUAACCGUAUUAGAUAAACCAGGAAAACCAGAAGGACCAUUGAAAGUCGAUAAUGUACAUAAAGAAGGUUGUAGCUUGAAGUGGAAUCCGCCAUUAGAUGAUGGUGGUGUGCCAAUUGAUCAUUACAUAGUUGAAAAAAUGGACACCAUCAACGGCAGAUGGAUUCCGGUUGGUCGCACAUUAGAACCAAAGCUUGAUGUGGAAAAUCUAGUACCAGGACAAGAAUAUAAGUUCCGAGUUGCUGCUGUUAAUGCUGAAGGUGAAUCAGAACCAUUGGUUACUGAAACCGCUAUUGUCGCUAAGAAUCCAUUUGAUGAGCCUGGACCACCUGGUAGACCAGAUGCCGUUGAUUGGGACAAGGAUCAUGUAGAUCUGAAAUGGACACCGCCAAUGAAUGAUGGCGGGUCACCAGUUACUGGAUACGUAAUUGAAAAACGCGAAAAAGGCAGUCCUCGAUGGAUUAAGGCCGUCGAGACUGUAGGACCUGAUUGCAAAGGUAGGGUAGAUAAUCUAGAUGAAGGCCAAGAAUAUGAAUUUAGGGUCCGUGCUAUUAAUGAAGCUGGACCUGGUGAACCAUCUGAAGUUAGCAAACCUGUUACUGCCAAAUGCAGAAGGUUACCACCAAAGAUCGACAGAAAGAAUCUUAGAGACAUUACAAUUCAUGAAGGGGAGCCACUCAAGUUUGAUGUUAAAGUAUUUGGAGAACCGCCACCAGACGUAUCAUGGUCAUUCAAUGGCAAAGUUAUUCACCAAACAACAUACCGCCGCAUCGAAAAUGUGCCUAACAAUACUAAGUUCUUCAAUGACAGACCAGAACGUAAAGAUACUGGCAUAUACAAAAUUAGUGCUAGUAAUCAAUAUGGCUCUGAUACUGCCGAAGUCGAAGUUACUGUCGUUUCUAAGCCUGAUAAACCAGAAGGACCUCUUGAAGUUAGUAAUAUCCACAAAGAUGGCUGCACACUGAAGUGGAAAAAACCAAAGGAUGACGGAGGUGAACCCAUUGAUGGAUACAUCGUCGAAAAGUUUGAUGUUGAAACUGGAGUAUGGCUACCAAUUGGUAGGUCACCUGUUCCUGAAAUGAAAGUUGAAGGUUUAACACCUGGCCAUGAAUAUAAAUUCCGCGUAAAAGCUUUGAAUAAAGAAGGAGAAUCAGAACCACUUGAAACAAUUGGCUCAAUCAUCGCUAAAGAUCCCUUCACUAUUCCUUCGCCACCUGGUGCACCUGAGUUCGUUGACUGGACCGCCAAUCAAGUUGACCUCAAAUGGAGCGAGCCAGUUAGCGAUGGAGGUACUCCCAUUACUGGUUACAUCAUUGAAAAGAAAGACAAGUACAGUACGAUGUGGGAAAAGACUAUGGAAAGAGAUCUGCCAGUAUGUUCAGCGCUUAUUACUGGACUUAUUGAGGGUAAUGAAUAUCAGUUUCGUGUCAUAGCUGUUAACAAGGCUGGUCAGUCAGAACCUGGUGAUUCUAGUAGAACAUUUAUUGCUAAACCAAGAUUCUUGGCUCCAAAGAUAGAUCGCCGUACUUUGCGUGAUAUCACGCUCUCAGCAGGAUCAACGCUCAAAUAUGACGUCAACGUUAUUGGAGAACCUCAUCCAACUAUGAAUUGGCGUUUCGGUGCAAUGCCACUCACUCCAAGCAGAACUGUUAACAUUGAUAACUCAGAGUACACGAGUAAACUUACAGUUCGUCCAGUAAAGCGUGAUGACAGUGGCGAUUAUACGAUUAUUGCCACAAACUCAUGUGGCAAAGACCAAGCAACUGUCAAGGUUACCGUUACUGAUAAACCAUCACCACCUGAAGGACCUCUUGCAGUUACAGAUGUUCAUAAAGAAGGAUGCAAACUCAAGUGGAAACGACCUCUCGAUGAUGGUGGUAUUCCUAUUGAAUAUUAUCAAAUCGACAAGAUGGAUCCAGAAACUGGAUGUUGGGUUCCAUGUGGUCGUGCUCUUGAACCAGGCUUCGAUGUUACUGGAUUGAUACCGGGCAAAGAAUAUAAAUUCCGUGUAUCAGCUGUCAACCCUGAAGGUGAAUCAGAACCACUUGUGGCUGAACAGACAAUCAUUGCAAAGAAUCCUUUCGACGAACCUGGUAAGCCAACUGAUCUUGAAGCAACUGACUGGGACAAGGAUCAUAUUGAUCUUAAGUGGAAUCCACCAAUGAACGAUGGUGGUGCUCCAAUUACAAGCUAUGUUGUCGAAAAGAAGGACAAAUACGGUGAAUGGGAAAAAGCUCUUGAAAUUCCAGCGUAUGGACCAAGCGAUACACCUGUCAGGGCCACUGUUGGUGAUUUAGUUGAAGGACAACCGUACGAAUUCCGCGUACGUGCUAUUAACAAAGCUGGUCCUAGUGAACCAUCUAAUCAGACGCCAAUUAUUUAUGCUAAACCUCGUAACAUGGCACCUAAGAUUGACAGAACAAACUUAGUCGACAUCAAGAUCAAGGCUGGUCAAAACUUUGACUUUGAUGUUAAAGUUAGUGGAGAACCUGCUCCAAGGACCAGAUGGCUUCUCGAUAAUAGAGAUGUUAAAACAGGCGAUCGUGUUAAAAUCAAGGACGUUGAUUAUAACACUAAACUAAAUGUUCGAAUGGCAACAAGAGCAGAAUCAGGCAAAUACCAAUUAAUUGCCGAGAAUAUCAACGGCAAAGACGUAGCUUAUGUAAAAGUCACAGUCUUGGACAAACCAGGAACACCCGAGGGACCACUCAAAGUAUCCGACGUUACUGCAGAGGGCUGCAAACUUUCAUGGAAACCACCAGAAGAUGACGGUGGGACACCAAUUGAGAAGUAUGUUGUUGAAAAGCUUGAUGAAGCAACUGGACGAUGGGUACCAGCUGGUGAGACUGAUGGCCCAGAGACAUCUGUAGCUAUCGAAGGACUGUUGCCAAAUCAUAAGUACAAAUUCAGAGUACGAGCAGUUAAUAAACAAGGAAAGGGCGAGCCUCUUGCUACUGCUACGAGCAUUGAAGCGAAGAAUCCAUUCGAUGCGCCUGACAAACCAGGUACACCAAACAUCAAAGAUUACGACACCGAUUUUGUGGAACUGGAAUGGACCAGGCCACCAAUCGAUGGCGGUUCACCAAUCACAGGUUACAUAAUUGAAAAACGUGAUAAGUACAGCCCAACUUGGGAAAAAUGCGCCGAAGUUGAAGGUGACGUUACCAGCGGUAAAGUCAAAGAUCUUAUUGAGGGUACACCUUACGAGUUCCGUGUGCGUGCUGUUAACAAGGCAGGACCUGGCGAGCCAUCUGAUGCGACUAAACCACACAUCGCACGACCGAAGAAUCUUCCACCAAAGAUUGACAGAAAAUACAUGCUGGAUGUUAAAAUAAAAGCCGGUGGUUUCUUCGACUUUGAUGUACCUGUUACUGGUGAACCUCCUCCAAAGAAGGAAUGGUCACUUAAGGGUAACGUGAUCAUUUCGGAUGAUCGUAUCAAAAUUGUAAACGAGGACUAUAACACACGUGUCCGCGUUCUCGAGGCACUUCGUUCCGAUUCUGGCGAAUACAUGUUGACCGCACGAAACACAAAUGGCAAAGAUAGUGCCACCUUACGAGUUAUCGUUCUUGAUGUGCCUUCUGCUCCUGAAGGUCCAUUGAAGAUUAGUGAUAUACAUAAGAAUGGCUGUAAACUCACCUGGAGGCCACCUAAAGAUGACGGUGGUUCUGAAAUUCUUUACUAUACUGUCGAAAAGAUGGAUGCUGAGAGUAUGCGCUGGGUGCCUCUUUGUGAAUCUCAAGGUACUAGCAUUGAAAUCGAUCAUCUGAUCGAGGGACACCAAUAUAGUUUCCGUAUCAGAGCGGUGAACAAACAGGGAGAAUCGCCACCAUUGAAUGGUCUUGAAAGUAUCUUUGCAAAUGAUCCAUUCAACAAACCUGAAAAACCAGGGACUCCAUCCAUCACCGAUUGGGAUAAGAAUCGUGUGGAUCUUGAAUGGACAGCACCAAAGAGAGAUGGGGGUGCACCAAUUACUGGUUACAUUAUCGAAAAGAAACCUAAAUUUGGACAGUGGGAGAAGGCCCUUGAAAUUGAGGGUACUAAGACAAGUGCUAGAGUACCUGAUCUAACCGAGGGAGAGGAAUACGAGUUUCGCGUUAUUGCUGUGAACAAAGCUGGACCUGGUGAACCAUCAGAUGCUUCACAGUCGAUUGUUGCUAAAGCACGAUAUGUCAAACCGUCCUUCGACCCACAUUUGCUACAUGACAUUACUGUUCGUGCCGGUCAAAAGAUUAGCUAUGAAAUACCAAUCGAAGCCUCGCCUAAGCCUGUUGCGAAAUGGACUAUUAAUGAUGUGCCAGUUUACUCUGACGAUCGUCACGAGAUUUUCACUACGCAUACGAAUACUAAUUUCGAAAUUCCUUUCGCACAUCGUUCCGACAGCGGUAGAUACGUCUUGACCCUUGAAAAUGAUCUUGGAAAAUGCAGUGCUGGAGCAAACGUUGUUGUAAUCGACAAACCAUCACCUCCACGAAAGCCAUUCGAUAUCUCGAACAUCACAAAAGACAGUUGCCAUCUUUCGUGGCAUCCACCUGCAGAUAAUGGCGGUACGCCUAUUUUACAUUACAUCAUUGAAAAAAUGGAUGUAUCACGUGGUACUUGGACUGACGCUGGUAUGAGCAUGGUGACAUCUCAUGAAGUUGCCAGGCUAGUACACCGCAAGGAGUACUACUUCCGCGUCAAAGCUGUGAAUAGCGUAGGAGAGUCCGAGCCAUUGGAGACUGAAAAGAGUAUCAUUGCUAAGAAUGAAUUUGAUGAGCCUGAAGCACCAGGCAAACCAAGAAUUGUUGAUUGGGAUAAAGAUCAUGUUGAUAUUGACUGGCCCGCACCUGAAAGUGACGGUGGCUCGCCAAUUACUGGAUAUAUCGUUCAGAAAAAAGAAAAGGGUAGUCCAUACUGGACUAAUGCUGUACAUGUACCACCAAAUCAAACAAGUGCGACUAUACCUGAUUUAACUGAAGGACAAGAGUAUGAAUUCCGCGUGAUUGCGACAAAUGCUGCUGGACAGUCUGAGCCUUCGGAGCCUAGUGAUCUCGUCACUGCUAAACCGAGAUACUUGGCACCAAAGAUCAAGACACUAUUGGAAGAUAUGAAAGUGAAAGCUGGACAUAUUUUCCAUUUGGAUGUGGACUUUGUCGGUGAACCAAUUCCAGAAGUUAUCUGGAGUAAAAAUAGUAAAGAUGUAGACAUUAAUAAAAGAACAACCAUAUCAUCUAUUGGUUACCAUACGAUUUUGCACAUUGUUGAUGCUAAGAGAUCAGAUUCUGGCAACUACCACUUGUUGCUAAAAAACAGCAGUGGUACUGAUGAGGGAUCAUUCAAACUUACAGUUCUCGACAGACCAGGACCGCCAGAAGGACCGCUUGAAUAUGAAGAAAUCACUGGUCAAUCGGUUACUUUAUCAUGGAGGCCACCGAAAGAUAAUGGUGGUAGUGACCUUACAGGCUAUAUAAUUGAGAAGCGUGAUCUUACACACGGAGGAGGUUGGGUACCUGCCGUAUCACACGUUAGUCCUAAAUACACGCAUGCAACUGUACCUAGACUUGUAGAAGGUACAAGCUACGAGUUUAGAGUUUUCGCAGAGAAUCUGCAAGGUAAAUCCGAGCCACUUACUACCGACAGAUCAGUAAUUGCUAAGAAUAACUUUGUUGUACCUGGCCAACCUGGUAGACCAGAAUGUGUCGAUGCCGACAAAGAUCAUAUUAAGAUUGAAUGGACACCGCCAAUCAGUACUGGUGGCUCUCCCAUCUUAGGUUACGACGUUGAACGUCGUGAUCGUGCGACUGGACGAUGGAUCAAACUUAAUAAGGAGCCUGUCAAACCAAUCGAAUAUUACGAUGAUCAUGUUUCAGAAGGACAUCAGUACGAAUACCGCGUUACUGCAAUAAAUGCGGCCGGUGCUGGCAAACCAAGCGAGACUUCUCACGUUAUUAUUGCUAAACCAAUGAAAGAGAAACCUAAAUUAUAUUUGGAUGCUCUAAUUGGAAGAAGAAUCAAGGUUCGCGCUGGAGAACCGAUCAAUAUCGAUAUCCCAAUCUCUGGUGCACCGACACCUAAGAUCGAAUGGACUAAAAACACACUCAGAUUGGUUGAAACUCUACGGGUUACAAUGGAGACGAAGAGUGACCACACUCAAUUGCUCAUUGAUAAAUCAGUUCGUGAAGAUGCCGGAAAAUACAAUGUAUCUGCAACUAACGAUUAUGGCCGUGACUCAGCAGAUAUUGAAGUUAUUGUAGUUGAUAAACCUGGACCACCUGUAGGACCAAUUCAAUAUCCGGCUACAUCUCAAGACAGCAUUUCGCUCGAAUGGAACCCACCAUACGACAAUGGUGGUUCUGACGUCACCAAUUACAUCGUUGAAGUCGCUGACUUUGGUUCUGAAAAUUGGAGACAGUGCCCUGGCUAUUGCCCGACAAAUCACUUCAUUGCCAAGGGACUCACGGAAGGCAAGCGUUACGUGUUUCGCGUACGUGCCGAGACUAUUUAUGGUGUAUCUGAACCUCUUGAAGGUAAACCCGUGACUGCGAAAUGUCCAUUCGACCCACCAGAUGCGCCAAGCCAACCUGAAAUUCUUGGCUACACUCCCAACACUUGCACACUUGCCUGGAAUCCACCAACCAAUACUGGUGGCAAGCCUAUAACUGGGUACAUUGUAGAAAAACGCGAGCGUGGUAGUGAAUGGCAGAAGACAAAUACCUAUCCUACGCCAAACACUACAUUCACGGUUCAAGAUUUGCACGAAGGUGCGAGAUAUGAAUUCCGCGUUAUUGCUGUUAAUGAAGCUGGACCCGGACGACCAAGUAAGCCUACUGAACCUAUAACAGCUGGUCACCAAAGAACUGCUCCAAGUGCACCUGAACAGCCGAAACCUGAUCGUGUCACGAAAGACUCUGUUACCCUGUCGUGGCGUCCACCUCGUGAAGAUGGCGGAUCUAAGAUUCGUGGCUACAUUAUUCAAAUGAAGAAGGCACGCGGUGAUGAUGACUGGGACGAUGUCAAUGGUACUCCAGUACCUUCCACUACCUACACAGUUCCACAUCUUACUCUUGGUGAUGAAUACUUAUUCCGUGUGAUUGCUGUUAACGAUGUUGGUAGAAGUCCACCGAGUAGAGUUAGUAAUCCAAUUACAAUUGAAGAACAGCCUAAUAAGCCUAUUAUGGAUCUUGGUGGUGUUAGAGAUAUCACUGUGAGAGCUGGAGAAGAUUUCAGCAUUCAUGUACCGUACAUUGGAUUCCCAAGACCCAUUGCUACAUGGUAUGUCAAUGACGUAGUAACUGAUGAAGAUACCGACAAGCGUAUACAUCUUAAGCAAGCUGAUGACUUUGCCAGUCUUGUCGUUAAAAAUUCCAAGCGUUCCGAUGCAGGUCAAUACAGACUACAACUUCGUAACGCAUCUGGCUACGAUACUGCCACUGUCAAUGUGCGUGUACUUGACCGACCAUCACCACCACAGAACUUACGUGCUGAUGAAUUUGCCGGUGAUGCACUUACACUAUUCUGGAAUCCACCGAAAGAUAAUGGCGGUGCCGAAGUCACUAACUACGUUAUCGAAAAGAAAGAAUCUAAAGCGUAUGAAUGGAUCAAGGUGAGCGCAUGUACAACAUCAACUUUUGUACGAGUACGUAACUUAGCUGUAGGUACUUCAUACGACUUCCGUGUGAUGGCCGAGAAUCAAUACGGUACUUCGGAUCCAGCCAAGACUACUGAUCCUAUUAAAGCCAGGUAUCCAUUUGACGUUCCUGGUGCACCUGGUGAGCCUAAAGGUAUCGAUUCAAGUGAAGACAGUAUCACCAUUACUUGGACGAAACCAAGAUCUGAUGGUGGUUCGCCAAUUACUGGAUACGUUAUUGAGAAACGUCUUAUUAGCGAGGAGAAAUGGAUCAAGGCUACACAAGCUAUAAUUACUGACACGACCUACCGUGUGGCUGGCUUGAUUGAAAAUCACGAUUAUGAAUUCCGUGUUGCUGCUUUGAAUGCAGCCGGACAAGGUCCAUGGAGCGCAGGUUCAGACGCCAUCAAAGCAAGUGCACCUGCAAUUGCACCAAAGAUUACCAGCGAUCUUAGCAUUCGUGACAUGACAGUCAUUGCCGGAGAACCUUUCACCAUCACCGUGCCAUUCGUGGCUAGACCAAGACCAAGACCGGCAUGGUGUGUUAAUGGCGAAGAUAUCGUUACAGAUGAUAGAAUCAAGUUUGAAACCAAUGAUUAUGAAACGCAGUUCAUCAACAAGAAAGCUAAACGUACAGAUACUGGUAACUACACCAUCUAUCUUACAAAUACCGUGGGUACAGAUUCUGCUACAUGCAGAGUACUAGUGGUUGAUAGACCAUCACCUCCUCAAGGACCACUUGAUGUCACAGAUAUUACACCAGAAUCAUGCACAAUUUCAUGGAAACCACCAUUUGAUGACGGUGGCUCACCAGUUACCAACUAUAUUGUUGAGAAACUGGAGCCUAUUGGUAUUUGGACAAAGUUGAGCAGUUUUGCAAGACGCACGCAGUAUGACGUAUUUGGCUUAGAACCUAACAGGAAAUACAAUUUCCGCAUUAGGGCAGAAAAUCAAUACGGCAUUUCAGAGCCACUUACUGGAACAGACCCUAUCACUGCCAAAUUCCAAUUCAAUGUACCAGAUCCACCUGGCAGACCGAGAGUUUCAGACUGGGACUCAACAAGUAUUACUGUUGCUUGGGACAGACCUGUUUCUGACGGUGGCUCUCGUAUUCAAGGUUACAAAGUAGAAUUCAAAGAUCCAGCCGAUGGCACGUGGCGCGUAGCCAAUGAUUAUCUUGUUAAAGAACUUAACUAUAUCUGUUACAAUCUAUUAAGCGGUCAUGAAUACGAAUUCCGCAUUCGUGCUAAGAACGCCGCGGGUCUGAGCAAACCAAGCCAAACGUCAACACCAUUCAAACUCAAGAGUAAGUGCAUGGUACCAGAUCCACCACAGAACCCACGAGUCAUCAAGGUCGGCAAAAACUACGUCGAUCUCAGAUGGGAAGCACCAGCUGCAGAUGGUGGUAGUCGCAUUACUGGUUACAUGAUCGAGAAGCGCGAGAUUGGUAGUGCAAUUUGGAUGAAAUGCAAUGAUUACAAUAUUACAGACCUGGAAUAUACCGUUCUUCAUUUGAUCGAAAAAGGUGAUUACGAAUUCCGAGUGUUCGCAAUAAACGCAGCUGGAAGAUCAGAUCCAAGCUCAUGCACUGCUCCUGUAAAGAUCUGUGAAGUCGAGGGAGGUGAGAAACCCGAAUUCAUCAGAACGCUACCUUACUCACAAGGUGUUGCACUUGGUAAAACUCAUGUGUUCGAGUGCGAAGCGACUGGAAAACCUAUGCCGGUAUCAAGGUGGUUGAAGAAUGGUAGAGAACUAACAAUUGGUGGAAGAUUCAGAUUAGAAGCUUUCGAUGGUGUAUUCCGGUUAGUGAUCACAGAAGUUUAUGAUACCGACGAAGGUGAUUACACUUGCCAGGCGACAAAUGCCGUGGGUUAUGCCAGCACAACUGGCAGACUAAAGAUCGGUUCACCACCACGCAUUGACCGUAUGCCAGAUGAUCUGUUCUUACCAGAAGGUGAGAACUCUAAGAUCAAGAUUUAUUAUAGUGGUGAUCAACCAAUCAAGGUAUCCCUGUCGAAGAAUGGCAGAAGAUUACCCGAAUCAACAGAUCAUUUGAAAUACACCGUAUUCGAUGACUACAUCAUUAUCUUCAUCAAAGAAGUGGACAGAGAAACCGAUGCUGGAGCAUACGAAGUUCAUCUCGAAAAUGAAAGUGGCAGUAUCACUGGUGUAUUUAACGUUUACAUUACUGGACUACCAGGCCCACCACAAGGACCACUGGAUGUUUCGCAUAUUGAUAAACAUACUUGCUUGUUGAAUUGGCUUCCGCCCAAAUUCGAUGGUGGUCUCAAGAUCACGCACUAUGUUAUCGAACGACGUGAUAUUACGCAUACUCAAUGGAUUACAAUCUCUAUGUUUGGCUGCAAAGAUACACGUUAUUCCGUCCAAGGCUUGACAGAAGGUCAAGAAUAUUUAUUCAGAGUUAUGGCAGUCAAUGAAAAUGGUAUGGGACCACCAUUAGAAGGUACUAACCCAAUCAAAGCAAAGGCACAAUUCGACCCGCCAGGUCCACCUGGAAUACCAAAGAUCACACAAGUCGGUGGAGACUUUGUCAAUUUAGAAUGGGACAAACCAGAAAGCGAUGGUGGCGCAAGAAUCCAAGGUUAUUGGAUUGACAAACGCGAGGUCAAAGAACCCGAGAGCUGCUGGCAGCGUGUAAAUCCACAAAUCUGUCUUCCAAAUCAAAUCAAUGUAAGCAAUCUUAUCGAGGGCCGUCGCUACGAGUUCCGUGUAUUUGCUCAAAACGAAGCCGGUCUCAGUACAGAAUCCAAAGCCUCGACAUCCGUACAGAUACGCGAUCCACAAGCUGCCAAAGCACCUGAAAUUCUCAAACCUUUACCAAAGACACUUAACUGCGCUCAAAAUCACAAUGCACACUUCAAAUGUAUUAUCACUGGAGUACCAGCACCAACGGUAUCAUGGUUCAAAGGUGCGCGUGAAAUUGUCAAUGGAUCGAGAUAUAACAUCUACUCCGAAGGUGACUGUCACAAUCUCAUUGUGCACGACGUUUUCGGUGAAGAUGCUGAUGAGUACAUGUGCCGUGCAGUAAAUAAGGCCGGCGUGAAAUCAACCAAGAGCGAAUUAUUAAUUAUGACAGCACCUAAACUCAACGUACCUCCAAGAUUCCGUGAUACGGCCUUCUUCGACAAAGGCCUCAAUGUCGUUAUUAAGAUUCCGUUCACUGGGUUCCCUAAACCAAAACUCACCUGGGUCAGAGAAGGUGAGACCAUUGAAUCUGGCGAACACUAUGACAUCCAAGUUACUGAGCGUCAUGCAACCCUUACAAUUCGUGAUGCCAGCAAAGUUGAUUCUGGCCCAUACAGACUCACAGCUGAGAACGAACUCGGCACUGAUUCUGCCAUCAUCAAAAUCCAAAUCAGCGACAGGCCAGAUCCACCACGCUUCCCCAUCAUCGACAGCGUUGGUCACGAUUCACUUGCUCUUACAUGGAAACCACCAGUUUGGGAUGGUGGCAGCAACAUUACCAAUUACUUGGUCGAGAAACGCGAACAUCCGAUGUCAACCUGGAUUCGCGUUGGAAGUACACGUGUAUGUUCGAUUGCUGUACAUGGCUUGAGCCCUGGACAGCAAUACGACUUCCGCGUGUUUGCUGAGAAUGUAUAUGGAAGAUCUAACCCAAGCGAAGUUACUCCACUCGUUAUGACGAAAGGUGCAGCUAAGAAGAAACAUGAAGAACCUAAGCGCAAGACUGACAUUGAUCCAGUCACUGGCAAAAAGAUCAGAGGCACGAGUGACGAGAAGGUCUGGGAUUAUGAUCAAUUCGUAUCUGAUAUCUACGACAAAUACGUACCGCGACAGCCUGUUGAUAUUAAACGCAAUGUAUCUGUAUACGAUCGUUAUGAUAUUCUUGAGGAAAUUGGUACUGGUGCGUUUGGUGUUGUACAUCGUUGCCGUGAGCGUGCAACUGGUAAUAUUUUUGCUGCUAAAUUUAUUCCAUCCCAACAUCCAAUGGAGAAAGAACUUAUCAGGCGAGAAAUAGACAUCAUGAAUCAGCUACACCAUCCUAAACUCAUUAAUCUCCAUGAUGCAUUCGAGGAUGACGACGAAAUGGUUCUUAUAUUCGAAUUCUUGUCUGGUGGUGAAUUGUUUGAGCGUAUCACAGCCGAAGGCUACACAAUGUCCGAAUCCGAAGUGAUCAACUAUAUGAGGCAGAUAUGCGAAGCCAUUAAGCAUAUGCAUGAAAGAAACAUUAUUCACCUUGACGUCAAACCAGAAAACAUAAUGUGCCAAACACGCACGAGCACGAAUGUAAAACUGAUAGACUUUGGACUAGCCACUAAAUUAGACCCGAAUCAAGUAGUAAAGAUCAGCACUGGUACAGCCGAGUUUGCCGCGCCAGAGAUUGUUGAGAGAGAACCAGUUGGUUUCUAUACCGAUAUGUGGGCAUGCGGUGUACUCGCUUACGUCCUACUGAGCGGACUCUCGCCGUUCGCCGGUGACAAUGACAUCGAGACCCUCAAGAACGUCAAAGCAUGCGACUGGGACUUUGACGAGGAAGCAUUCCGCGACGUUUCCGAAGAGGCCAAAGACUUCAUUAGACGAUUACUUGUUAAAAACAAAGAGAAGAGAAUGACUGCUCACGAGUGCCUUAUGCACGCAUGGCUCACUGGAGAUUCCAGCAGAUAUACCAAAGAAAUUAACACAAGCAGAUAUAUCAACUUCAGGGACAAGAUCCGCGCAAAAUACGACGAUUGGAAGAAGUACGUGCUACCCAUUGGCCGGCUAGCUGAAUACUCGUCGCUGAGAAAGCUUCUGAUUGAGAGAUAUCAGAUCCAAGAUACAACCUUCGAUCGCAGACAAGCCGCUCCAAGAUUCGUCAUCAAGCCAACUAGCGCAUUUGCUUACGAAGGCCAGAGUGCUAAAUUUACGUGCCGCGUAAUUGCCUUGGCUCCAGCAACACUCACGUGGUACCGCAAUAAUCAAGAACUCAGACAGUCUGUUAAAUUUAUGAAACGGUACAUCGGUGACGACUACACUUUCGUCAUCAAUAGAGUGAAACUCGAAGACAGAGGAGAAUACAUCAUUCGCGCGGAGAAUCAUUAUGGUUAUCGCGAGGAAGUUGUGUUCUUGAACGUACAACCUCUGCCUAAGGACGUCGCGCCAUACAAGCCAGAGGCUUACCAACCGGUCAGACGACGAGAGCCACUGCCAUAUCACUUCUGGAUGGAAACCAAAGAAUCGGCACCUGACUUUACCUUCCUGCUGCGUCCUCGUGUCAUGCAAGCUCGCGACACUUGCAAGCUACUGUGCUGCUUGAGCGGCAAACCACCGCCAACGGUGCGCUGGUUCAAAAACAGCAAGGAACUGUCUAAACAUGAAUACACCAUGACACACUCGGACGGCGUCGUCACGAUGGAGAUCGUUGACUGUAAGCCUGAAGACAGUGGCAAAUACAAGUGCGUCGCUACCAAUUGCCACGGUACCGACGAGACAAGUUGCGUUGUCAUCGUCGAGGGCAGCGGCGAGACCGAGGAACAGGAACAGUUGGCCCAUGAUCUGUUACAUUCCGGAGAGCGCCGAUUUAUUGAGAAACCUCUGAAACCAGCACCAUACCAGCCAGUAACGACGACGAUCAUAAGGUCAACGCCAUUCAAACCAGGUCACACACCAGUCAGCGAAAUACCUAUUAGCGAACGAGAGUUACAUCGCAUCACGAUACCAGACCCAACUCCAGAACCAACCGUCGAGAAACCAAUUGAGAAACCAGUUAAACCUCUAACUCCAGAACCCGAGCCCGAGCCUGUGCUCGAGACCGCCAAAAAGGAAAAGAAAACUAAGGACAAGGAUAAGAAAGCAAUUAAGAAGUAUGGUACCAAAACAGAUGCUACUGGCAGUCCGUCCAGAUCGAGAAGCACAACGAAAGAACUUAUACCUGCACCAGACGACGCAACGAUGGGACCGCCGGUCUUUGUGCAGCAGCUCGACGCUGCGCUGACGAUCGACGAUGGCUCGCGACUAGAACUUUCAGUUGUAGUCGAAGGUGAUCCAGAGCCACAAAUCACUUGGCUGAAGAACGAGCAAAUCGUCACGUCGUCAGACGUCGUCGAUCUGAGGUACAGAGGUGGCAUUGCCAGUCUCACUAUUGUCGAGGUCUUUCCCGAAGACGAAGGCGAGUACGUGUGUACCGCCACCAACAGUAUUGGCACGGUAACCACCGCUUGCAAAUUGACCAUCAAACCGGUGGAAAAAGCACCAGCGCCAGCAGCAAAAGUCGAGGAGAAGGAUCACGCACCGCAAAUCGUAGACCACGUACAGAGCAAAGUGGUGACAGACGGCGAUGCGGUGACGUUAAGCUGCCGUAUUAUCGGGGCCAACAAAUUCGACGUUGUCUGGCUGCACAACAACAAAGAGAUCAAACCGAGCAAGGACUUCCAAUACUCGAGCGAAGCGAACAUACACAAACUCGUCAUUGCCGAGAUCUUCCCCGAGGAUUGCGGUACCUAUACAUGCGAGGCGUUCAAUGACGCAGGCGAAAGUUUCUCGUCUUGUACUCUCAACGUUCUCGUUCCGAACGAGGAACCAAAGAGCCCGGUGUUCAAGACAUUCCCGCAGUCGGCGACAGUAACCGAAGGAGAAGCCGUUAACGUUUCGUGCAAGUUCGAUGAUGCGCCUCUCAAAGUUACGUGGCAGAAAGAUGGCAAGCCAAUAGACGAAAAGAGUAGCAGAUACCGUUUCAGCAAGGAUGGCGACACGUCGUUCAGGUUUGGUGUCAAGUCGACGACGGCCGAGGACAUCGGCCAAUACACGGUUGAGGCGGUUGGCAAGAAGGGCCAGACGAACGCCGCAUUUUCAAUAAACGUCGUGCCGCCCAGCGACAGUGUCUAAACAAAUACUAUUUAUAAUAAUAUACGUUUUAAUGUUCUCUCACUCUCGAAUGUACGCGUGGUGCGCUCGUACAUGUUCUUUCUUCUCACUCUCUUUUUUUUACACGACAUCUCGCUCUACAAAGCAAAAAAGGACAUUUUUUUUGGCGCACAGUGUGAUUGGACGGCAGCCACGCACGAAUAUAUAAGUGUAUACGCGAUUUAUUUAUUUAUUAUUUUAUCUUUCUCUUUCUCUAUCUUUCUUUCUAUUUCUCUCUCUCUCUCUCUCUCUCUCUCGUAUUUCUUGUCUUUCUUCGUUAAUACUUCCUUUUUUCACGACGUUUUAUCGCUUCUAUUUUUUUUGUCUCUCACUCUCUCACUCUGGUGAUGUAUACUUACACGAAAUAUAGUUAUUAUAUAUAUGAUUUUAUCGUCGCGUUGGUGCGCCGUCAAUCGAUGAUAAGAAUGUGUUGAAUUAUGUAAUAAAAAUAAAUUUAAUGAAAAAAAUAAUACA